AUGCAGGAAGGCAACGGACUGACUCAACGUAGCUACGAUUUCUUUAUAAAAGAGAGUAACAAGACCAGGCUCUGCCAUGAAAAGACCAUCCUUACCGUUAACGGCCAGUUUCCCGGGCCGACCAUUUAUGCGAGGAGAGGUGACGUCGUUCUUGUCAACGUCUACAAUCAAGGCCAUACAAACAUCACCCUCCACUGGCAUGGCGUGAAUCAGCCACGAAGCCCAUGGUGGGAUGGGCCAGCGUACAUAACACAGUGUCCAAUCCAACCCGGCAACAAUUUCACCCACCGAAUUGUCCUCUCCGAGGAGGAAGGAACGCUGUGGUGGCACGCGCACAGCAGCAUGGACCGUGCCACCGUGCACGGUGCCAUCAUCAUCCGCCCCAGCCAUGGCACCACCUACCCCUUCAGGAAACCACGCAAAGAAAUACCCAUCAUACUUGGGGAAUGGUGGAAGGAAGAUAUUAGGAAAUUGAUCGCCCAUGUCCUCUCCACCGGCAGUGACUUCCCGCCUUCAGACGCCAACACCAUCAAUGGUCAGCCUGGUGACAUGUUCACGUGCUCCAGUAACGGCACCUUCAGGCUGCCCAUCGAGCCUGGCGAGACCUACAUGCUGCACAUCAUCAAUGCGGCACUCACCAACGGGUUCUUCUUCGCCAUUGCUGGCCAUCGCCUCACCGUGGUUUCUUCCGACGCUUCCUACACCAAGCCCUUCACGGCCGACCACAUUUUCAUUGACCCCGGGCAAACAAUGACUGUGCUGCUCAAGGCCCGAGGCCGUGGCCACUCCAAGGCCCGGUACUACAUGGCGGCGAGGGCGCUGACAACCAAUGCAGGCGCCCCUCUCGACAACAGAAUCGCCACCGCCGUCUUGGAGUACAUCCACGUAUCAUCGUCCGGUCAUCCGGACUUUCCCACCCUUCCCGCCAACAACGACAGCUCCGCGGCGGCGGCAUAUACGGCACGUCUCAGGUCCUUGGCCAGCAAGGAACACCCGGCCGACGUGCCCCGAAACAUCGACAAGCGCAUGAUCGUCACUCUUGCGGUCAACGAGAUCGUGUGCAAGGAGGGGCCGUGCAAGGGCCCCCACGGCAACCGCUUUGCGGCGAGCCUCAACAACAUCAGCUUCGAGAUGCCUCGCACCGACAUCCUCGGGGCCUACUACCGCUCCGCCAUCGGCAGCGUGGCCAAGACGGACUUCCCGGACAACCCGCCGUCGCCAUUCAACUUCACGGCCGACAACCUCCCGCCAGAGCUCGCGCUGACCGCACGCGGCACGGCCGUGAAGGUCCUGGCGUACGGGACCGUGGUGGAGGUGGUUUUCCAGGGCACCACCAUCCUCGGCGGUGACAGCCACCCGAUGCACCUGCAUGGGCUCAGCUUCCACGCCGUGGGGAGAGGGAUUGGUAACUUCGACAGGCGCCAAGACCCCGCCAAAUAUAAUUUGGUCGAUCCACCGUACCAAAACACAGUCUCUGUACCCACGAAUGGGUGGGUUGCAAUCCGGUUCCGCGCGGUAAACCCUGGCGUAUGGUUCAUGCAUUGCCAUCUUGAACGCCACAUGGUAUGGGGUAUGGAGACUGUCUUCAUUGUCAAAAACGGCAAGGGGAGGGGAGAAAAGGUCGUGCCACCGCCUUCAAAUAUGCCUAGGUGCUGA